AUGGAACGAUUCCGGCAAGUGGAUCCGCAAAAACGACUUGCAAAUGUAUUCGAGGUGGCAGAUGGAUUUGUUGCGUUCAAAGCUGAAUGCUUUCCCACCAAACGGCAAGAUCAUCUUGUGAGAUUGCCCGAUAUGUCUCACCAACCAUCUCCCAUUCUGCUCCAAAAAAUGGACAAGCAUCAAACUGACCAUCCCUUCAGCGAUCCAAGCAUGGUUCUGGACACCAAACACCCUUUCGACCAUUUGAGACCGGUAAAAGAAUCAAACGGGCUAAUCAGAUAUUUGGUAACUGUUAACCGCGAAGCUAAAGUCCUUAAAGAAGGACAACCGACGAGGUGA